AUGGCAAAGCCCAUGCGGCCCGCCGUUCGGCAUCGAAGAGGAUUGAGCCUUGAUCAAGGAAUAGCAAAGAGCCGCCAAAGGACACUCAUCCCUAAGUUCGAGCCCUUUGAACCCCUGCAGUGGAAAGCCGCCACAUCAGGACUUGCUCAGGAGGUGUCGGCAUCGCGCCCACAAACUCCGAUCAAACACGAUGAGACAGACUUACUUUCCCUGACACCAGCAACCACACAGUAUUGGAGGCCAGCACAGCUUCCUCGAGGAUGUAAAACAGCUCAGUCGUCGCCGGUUAAACAAUAUGUACGCCCCAUUCUUGCUCCCGCGGAGCGCGCAAGGUCAUCCCACGGAGUAAUGAACGCACGAGAUACUCUUGCACCGCUCUCUAACACAAAUUGUCUUCAACCCGAGACUCUCAGUUUGCACAUACCCAAGAUGAGCGAUGACAUCUUUUCGGAUUUCACGUUCCCUGGGACGGAAAACUUCAACUCUGCGACGAUAUCCUCACCUGUUUCCCCUAUGAUGCCUUGCUUUCCACAGCUUUCAGGAGCAACUGCCUUGAAUUAUCCUAUUAGUUGCAGAAGAGGGGAUAAAGUUCCAAUAGCCCCAGCGACGCCGCCAGUUUCAAUUCCGCUGAGAACGGCAACUUCAAGCCGUUCCUCUUCGCCGGCGAAGACCUUGUUAUCACCACGCGCUCUUUCAAUUGCAGAUUUAAACCUCGACUCUAGUAUUGACGCCUCAAUUGAAGAAACGGGCAUUACCUUAGACGACAUAGCAACUCAUAUCGAGGGCCCGGAUCCUAUUGACAAUAAAUGGGUAUGCAAAUACGAUGGGUGCAACAAAAGGUUUGGAAGGAAAGAAAAUAUCAAAUCCCACGUUCAAACGCAUCUCGGAGACCGCCAGUUCAAGUGUAAUCACUGCAAUAAAUGUUUUGUUCGAGGCCACGAUCUUAAACGUCACUCGAAAAUUCAUACGGGCGUGAAACCUUAUCCCUGUGAAUGCGGUAACAGUUUCGCCAGACAUGAUGCUCUGACGAGGCAUAAACAGCGUGGAAUGUGCAGUGGUGCGUUUGCAGGGGCCGUUCGCAAACCCCUUAGACGUGGGAGGCCGAAGAAGCGACCUGACGCCGAGGAAAGACGGGAUAAAGCCGUCAAAACACACGAGCGAUCGAGGAGAAGUCAUACACGCAACCUCUCUGAAUCUUCCUGUGCUUCUUUUGUUUCUUCUGCAAGCGAAUGCGCGAGUGGGAGAGACUUUAGUCCGGCAAAUGACCUAUCUUUCCUUCAGGACACCACAUUUGGUUUACCACCAGACGCAUUUUCCUUCACUCCUCCCGCAUCUCCGAGUCAUAGUACCGGGAAUAUUCCGUCGCCUUCUCGAAACUAUCACUCAAUUGCCUUGGAUCCAGAUCUAAACCCGCUAUACCUUUCACCAAGCAAAAGACCCUUGGAUGACAUACCUGAAGAGAUACCUGAUAUUCCACUUCUUACCCCUAAUUUACCAUUGAAAACAGAUACACGAACUGCCUCGCCAGUGCAGCUGUUGUGGCCUUCCAUAAAAGAUGAAGACGACAUAUGCAAAGUGGAAUGUGCAGAUCUCGAUGAUGUAUUUAUUAGGCAUGCUCACGAAACAGCCCUAUGUCAGGACCAUCUCCCGGCGCUUGAUCCGACGACGGAUAUUUCCGAGCCAAACUCAUCGCACUACGACGAUGAGUACUUCCUGAGCCAUGGAGAACCAAACAGCUCCGACUUGCUCAACACUCCUUUGUUUCCUGUGUCCUUUUCUCCUGAGACCGAAGCUUUCUUUGACGAAUUUACUGUUAAAAAUGGAGCUUAG